AUGUUCAUGAACCUUGUCUUCGCCGACUUCAUACAAGCCCUUGGUUUUGGUAUGAACUAUGUGUGGAUCAAACAACCGGACGUGAGCUGUGUGGCGCAUGAAUGUGCUACAAUGUGCACAUUUCAGGGUGUACUCAUCCAAUUGGGAGACCUUGCUUCGGCUUAUUCAAACCUAAUGAUCGCCAUCCAAACCUACGUCAUAUUAAUAUUUUCUUGGCAUUUACCACUAUGGUCUGCUUGGGUCUCCAUACCGGCCCUUUGGGUCAUCGUCGGAGCAUUUUCCUUUAUACCGCCAACAGUCAAUGGAACAUGGACAGGCUCGCGUCCAUUCUACACAUGGACUGGCGCGUGGUGUUGGAUCAAUGAAGACUACGGACCUUUACGACUCUAUCUGCAUUACUUCUGGAUCUUUGUGGCCGCCUUCGCCUCCAUUGCGCUUUAUGGACAUAUUUUUUUCAGUCUACGACUACAUUUACGUUCUUCACGCGCUGGAUCACAUGGAAUAAUCCCUGUCGCUGAUCCUCAUCGUAAAAAACUCGAGCGUAAGGCCGAAGGGAUGCUCAUGUAUCCUACCGGCUUCAUUGUCAUGAUUCUUCCUCUCUCAGCUUACCGUCUAGCUGCUCUGGCUGGUCACGAUUGGGGAAUCACUGCAGCUGGAGUUGCAGGUUCAAUGUAUUGUCUCAGUGGAUUCGUCGAUGUAUUGCUGUUCGGGCUUACUCGGAGUAUCAUUGCUUGGCCAGUUUUCGGCGGCACCAAAUCAACGCAUACCACAAUGGCAAUGAGGAACUCGGAUGUAAGUUCAGGGGGUCCGGCCGCUGCAACUCGCUCUGCGUUCCGAGUUCAAGUUGUACAAGAGACUGUCAUCAACUUAGAUACACCAACACUCAAGGAUCAUCCUAGGGACUUUGUCUCUGGUAAAGGAAGAGUACCACGCCCAGACGGGGAUGCUGGAUCUUGGCCUGUUUUGCAGAGACCUGCUCAGACUCCAUGGUAUCAUCCUGGAGGCCAAUCUAUUGACUUACCCGUCUUGGAUCGAUAA